AUGAAUCCGCUUUGCUGCAUCGCGCCCGUAUCGGUCGACUACGCCGCGGACCACCACCACCACCACCAACCCCGCAGUGUCGCAGCCGCGACACUAUCUGCAACGCCAGAGGCGGCUCCGCCUCAGCCCACGCCCCCUGUUGUUUCGGGGGUGCUGCACAAGUGGGUGAACUACGGGAAGGGGUGGCGGUCGAGGUGGUUCGUGCUCGAGGACGGGGUCCUCUCCUACUACAAGCUCCGCGACGGCGGAGGGGAAAGCGGUGAAUCGUCGGCGUCGACAGCGGCGGCAAGGGUGAUCGGGGAAGGUGACGCGCUACGGCGGGCGCGGGAGGACGCUGCAGCUGCUGGGAAGCAGUGGAAGCCCUUCGGGGAUAUACACCUCAAGGUUUCGUCUAUCCGUGCAAGCAGGUCGGAUGAUAAGAGGUUGUAUAUAUUCAGUGGAACUAAGACAUUACACUUGAGGUGUGAAACUGAGGAGGACAGGAAUGCAUGGCUAGAGGCUUUGUUGGUGGCAAAGGAUCGGUUUCCGAGGUCGCUAAUGACCAAUGAUUUUGCUCCCGUGGCUGAUAUUAUGCUGUCCACUGAGAAGCUGAGGAUGCGUCUGCUACAUGAGGGACUGAAUGAAACAGUGGUCAAUGAAUGCGAGUCUAUUAUGAUGACUGAGCUGUUGGAACUGCACAGUCAGAUAAAGUCUCAGCAGCAGCAGCACUCUGUUUUAGUAGACCGGCUCCGUCAGCUUGAGACAGAGAAAGUUGAGCUGGAGAGAACGGUUGUGCAUGAAACUAAAGAGAGGGAAGCACAUGGCUAUGUUAAUGGCAGAUACAGUGAUUUUUAUUCAGUUCUAUCAGGCGGGAGUGCAAGCGAAUCUGAUCCGGACACUGCAAGUCAAGUUGCAGAUGCUGAAUCUGAUGAAGACGAAGUGACAUACUUUGAUACAAGAGAUUUUUUGUCUGUAGAAUCUUUACGAAGUGCUUCUCGAAGGAGGGAACUUGUGACAAAUGGCUGCAAUGCAUUAGAAUCUAUUGGAGACUCCAGAUCGUAUACUGCCAAGUUUACCAAAUAUCCCAUUGUUGAGCGUCGAGAUAAGUUACCUGAGCCAAAGGAGAAAGAGAAACCAAUAGGAUUAUGGUCAAUAAUUAAAGAAAAUAUAGGGAAAGAUCUCUCCGGUGUUUGUCUCCCUGUUUAUUUCAAUGAGCCUUUGUCUUCUUUGCAAAAAUGUUUUGAGGAUCUGGAGUACUCUUACUUGGUUGACAAUGCACUACAAUGGGGAAAGCAGGGUGACAGCUUGAUGAGGACACUUCUUGUUGCGGCUUUUGCAGUAUCAAGCUAUGCUUCAACUGAAGGUCGGCAAUGCAAACCCUUCAAUCCUCUACUUGGUGAAACAUAUGAAGCUGAUUAUCCAGAUAAAGGACUUCGCUUUUUCUCUGAGAAGGUCAGUCACCACCCUGUGGUUGUUGCAUGUCACUGUGAUGGUCGAGGUUGGAAAUUCUGGGGUGAUUCGAAUCUGAGAGGCAAGUUCUGGGGUCGAUCCAUUCAGCUUGAUCCAAUAGGCGUUCUAACCCUUCAAUUUGAUGAUGGGGAGAAAUUCCAGUGGAGUAAAGUUACUACUUCCAUAUACAAUAUCAUUAUAGGGAAAAUUUAUUGUGACCACUAUGGCACAAUGCACAUCAAGGGAAGUAGUCAGUACUCUUGCAAGCUUAAAUUCAAAGAACUGUCAAUUAUUGAUCGGAACCCACACCAGGUGCAAGGAUUUGUACAAGAUAAUAGGACUGGAAAGAAAGUCGCUAUGUUAAUUGGAAAAUGGGAUGAAGCUAUGUAUUAUGUGCUUGGGGAUCCAAGCGCUAAACCCAAGUGGUACGACCCAAUGUCGGAAGCAGUUCUUUUGUGGGAGAGAGACAAGUCUUUGAAUCAAACCCGAUAUAACCUUUCUCCAUUUGCAAUUUCUUUAAAUGAAUUGCCACCUCACAUGUUGACGAUGUUGCCUCCUACUGAUUCUCGCCUGAGGCCUGAUCAGAGACAUCUGGAAAAUGGUGAAUACGAAAAGGCAAAUUCGGAGAAACUCAGACUUGAACAACUUCAGCGGCAGGCUCGAAGGUUACAAGAGAAAGGCUGGCAACCGAGGUGGUUCAGGAAGGACGAGGACGACAGCUACUGCUAUCUUGGGGGAUACUGGGAAGCGAGGGAAAAAGGAAACUGGGACGGGAUCCCCCAUAUAUUCGGCCAGAGCAGUGCAUCGACCGGGUAG